AAUCAAUGCUUGGGAAGUUCGACUCUUGGUCUCUCAACAUUCCAGUCACCCUACCACCCUAUCCUCAUGGUGCCAGAAACACCGACAAUACCACGGUCAUCGAAGAGAGUUUCUCUCUGAGCACGCCGUCAACCGUCACCGCAUGGGGAAACCAAGACCUUUUUGCGUUGUCAGUGAGUAGCGGCGACAUUGCAGGUGCGCACGGUGUCGCAGUAGGCUGCAAGGAUGGUUCGCUCUUCAUCCUGCGGUCGGCAAGCAACUCCGCGUCUCUGCAGCCCAACAUAGCAGUCUCCAUACCGCCUACUCCCAGUCCGCCAGAGCCAACGUCGCCACCUACUAGCCCUCGCCGUUAUCGCGGUCUUGGACACCCGUCUUCUCGAUCUGCCUCCCCGUCUUCUCUUAAAUCUGCGCUCUCCCCCUUCCAACUCAGUCGCUCUCGCGUUGUUUCCGCUGUAUCCACUGAGUCUGCUGAAGCACCCAAGAACUACGUCGACUUUGACGAGGAACGGGAACGGAUGCGGGGCAUGCUGAAGGGGAGGAAAAGCCGGGAAAGGCACUCAUCCACAUCCCGCACCCGUCAAGAGAAAGACCUCAGCGCGUCCUCCCAGAGUACUUCAGCUCAGAUCAGCAGUCUGCGCAAAGAAGACACUCGAAAUUACCUGUCGGCUGCGCUAUCUCCGUCUUCUUCCACACUCUCCCUAUCCAAUCCACCGUCGCCGACUUUCCCGCCCGCUGCCUCUCCCGAGCCCAACGGCGCGCUUGCGCUGAACCUGCGAUGUCACGUAUAUCCCCCAUACGCUCGUCCAGGCUCUUCUGUCUCUACGUUGAAAGUGCACGAAGCGGGCCGUUACAUCUCAUGUCUACACGAGUCGGGUGGGCUCUCUGUCCACGCGUCCAUAGACGGGUCGUGCAUCGCAUCCACGCUCGUGGAAGCGAAGUCAAAACCGGCUUCAGCCGGCAAGGCUCAAGCGACGCCUUCUGUGCUGUGGGUCUGGCGGAAUUUGCUCGUGGCCGCGUCCGAAGAGUCAAUCCUAUUGUUCGCAUGCGCAUCUCCCGACGAGCUCUAUCCCAACAACCAAUUUCUCGACGCGAGCUCCGGCGACUCAGAGAACCAGACGCUCGUCGUCGCGUACGAGCUCUGCCUCGGCGCGGAUGCAGUAGCAGGCGAGGCGAAGCUCGAGCAGCUGGGGCAAUGGACCGUGAGCGGACCCCUGAACUCUAUUGGUUUGCGCGCCGAGCACGACCAUUCCCUGACCUUCUUCCACACGGGGCCCGGAGGCCACCUCGUCUCCCGCUCCCUGACGGUCCACGACCCCCCGCCCGAGCCCGCGGACCUCCCAGGAUCGCACUCAUCUAACCAUCUGCCGCUGCCGAACCCGUUCAAGGCGCUGAAGGCACUGUCUACGGAGAACAUCCCGGAUACGGAGACCAGCACCGGGUACGAGCGCAUCGAACUCGGAGACCCCAUAGACCAUGGCGAUCUCGGCCUCACGGAGCCUCUGCUUGGCCUGCGCGCCCACGACAAUGGGACGGACGUGCGGCUGUGCGCGUGGACCGCGCGCGAAUUGUCGAUCUGUAAAUGGACGCAGAGCAUGAUGGAGAAGCUGCCCGUCGUACCCGUAUCUGGAGUACGGGACGUCAGAUGGAUCGACCACGAUUCGAUUUCGCUGCUUAGUGAGGAUGGGCUUGCCGUCUACGCCGUCUUGUUGUCCGCUGGCGAGAAACCCGAGGAAGCACGGCCUAAGCUGACGCAGACCAUCCCCCUCUCCCCGUACGACGUCGCGACGCUCGUGCCGGGUGGGCACGCAGUCUCGACGCGUGUCAAGAAUGGUCGACACCGGAUACACCACACCUGCCUCGCUCUGCCCGACUCUGCGAUCGCACAGGCCAAGACCCGGGCCCUGUGGAAGGCACGAGCGGAUGCCUUCGCCACCCAGUCCGCGCCACGGAUUUCCUCCGCCCUUCCUCUAGAGCUCGACUUGAUUAUCUUGGGCUACACGGACGGCCGUAUCCGCCGCACCUCCCUGCUCGAGGGCGCUCAGAACAGUGACGCGUCCGCUCAGUGGUCGGACUUCGCGUUACCAGGUGCAGUCCUCGCGCUCGACGUCGUGCAGAACCACAGGACGGGCGAGCGCGUGCUCGUUGGCGGCGCGGAUGACGGCACGAUCGCCGUCUGGGCUCUCAACACACUGAAACUGUGCGCGCGAUGGACGGUUUUUACGACCCCGCUCGCGCGCGUUAUCUCCCUCGAGGACGAAGGCGUCGGGCGGCUGCACGGCUGCGUGCUGUGCAUCUCGCAGGACGGGACGAUCGCUGUGAUCGCCGUGGACGGGUAUCAGUUUGUGUACCUGGUUCCGGCCUCCGCCGCACCCCUGAGGCGAGUAUGCCUGGGAGAGAACAACCUGCUUCUGGUGUAUACCGACGGGCGCGCGCGUCUGUGGGACACUGGGACGCGGGAGUUCUGGAGGUCCAUGAGCGUGGAGAAGGCCGAAGAGCUCUUGCUGCAGGGCGGCUGGCAUGAAUGGUACAUGGACCGGGCGUCAGACAAGAAGCAAGCUCUAGCUUCACCGGGGUACACAUCGCCGGACGCAGCUUCCACCGUCUCGUUGGACAUCCCGGCGUUGCUGAAGCAGCUGUCGCCAAGCGCUGCGUUGUCUUCAACAAGUUUCAGCUCGAAGAAGAAGCUCGAACAUGCGCGCGCCCUACUCUCGAUAUUGCUUACUUUCGGCAUCAGCGAGGGCAUUGAUACCAUCUGCAACGAGGGGCUGGCUAUCAAACCUGCUUCUGCCACUCUAGGAAUAUCCAGCCCAGAGACGUUGGUGAUCGUCCCGCAACACAGCUCAUCGAGUAUAUGGACGGUGUCCCCGGAAGCGUCCGCAGACAGGGCGCUGGCGAUCCUUACACUGCUCCAAUUUCUCGCGCAGUUUGAAGAUUUGGCCCAAGACGCGAGCACGGUCACGACGUUCUAUGCUGCUUCGAUCGGCCAGCUAGUUCCCGACCACCAGCACCCGAGCCUCCCUCGGCUUGCACACCACAUGCUACAUAUUCAAUCAGCGGAAGUACGACAAGCGGUGCGCUUGUUGUUAGAUGCUGGGGUCGCGCGGUUAGCCGACAGCGAGACGACCGAACUCGUGGAAGUGUGGCAACAAUAUUUGAUGCGGACCGACAAGGAGAAGGAUUUACCACAGAGUGCAAAGGCGCUGUGCAUUUGUGGCUUCAUUGCGGUCGACAAAUAUACACUGCUACCCACCAGUACACUCACCGACAUCGCCAAGUCCAUCGCGCUCUACCUGCACGACGAGACCUCCCCACACCGCUCCCUAGCCAUCGACCUCUGCUCGCGCGGCUUCCAAGUCUGGCAGCAGUACGUCGACGCGGUCGAGAUGCUCCGCGCGCUCUUCACGCUCGCGACAACAACCAAGAAGGAGGCGAUCGCGGUGCCCAACAUCGGCGUGCAGGCGCGCUCCGCCGUGCUGCAGAUCGCGGCGGGCAACACGCCGCUGUUCAUGACGACGCUCGCGAUCGACAUCCUGCAGCCGCGCAGCGUGCAGCACCGCAAGUCCGUCAUGCAGCUCGUCAUCUUCCUCAUCCGCAAGAAGCCGCUCGUGCUGUACAGCAACCUCCCGCGCCUCGUCGAGGCGAUCGUCAAGUCACUCGACCCGAACUCGAGCGCGAGCCGCGACGCGGUUUUGGACUCGGCCACCGAGAUUCUCAGCCACAUUGUCCAGACCUUCCCGACAGUCGACUUCCACAUGGCCACUCAGCGGCUCGCGGUCGGCACGAGUGAGGGCGCAGUCGUCAUGUACGACCUAAAGACCGCGACACGUCUGUACGUGCUCGAGGGGCACAAGAAGCGGACGACGGCGUGCAGCUUCUCGCCCGACGGCCGCCGCCUCGUCACGAUGUCGCUCGAGGAGCAAGAUGUGCUGGUAUGGAAGGUCGGCUCGAGCUUCACGAGCCUCUUCAUGCCCGGGGCGCCGCCGCGACAGGGGCACGGAGGCUCGGAACCGUUCAAACGGCUCGAGUUUCACAUCGGCGAAGCAGCGCAUAUGGGCAUUGAGACUACACUGACGAACGUCCAGUUUGAGUGGACUGCUGAGCGGAGUGUACGCCUCAAAAUCAGAGAUAGCAUACUGACAUUCAGUACAUGAGGCAUCUCCUGCUAUAUAUACCGUUACCAUUCUUCGAAUCGGC